AUUGACCGUUGACGGAUUCACUUCAACGACCUACAAAUUUGUAAAGGUCGAUCUUACGGCUUUCUAUAAUACCGUCCCGACUAACUGGACGGAAUAGUGUAGUAUAAAAUAAUAUACAAAAUGCUCCGAACGAUUGUUGUGCGAAACCAAGUUUUGAGCGAAAGUUUGAAAAAAGCUAUUCGCGUUAAUCUUACGAGAUGUAUGUCCACGGAAUUGAUUAGGAGGAAAAGUUCCAAUAAGUUUGUAAACUCAGAAUCAAAGAGUGGGUUAUUGGCACUGCAAUGGAGACCUCAAAUUCGCUACUACUCAGACUUGCCGAGCCACAACAAGGUAAAUCUGCCCGCACUCUCACCCACUAUGGAAAGUGGAUCCAUUGUGAGAUGGGAAAAGAAAGAGGGAGAUAAACUCGGUGAAGGUGACUUAUUGUGUGAGAUAGAAACUGAUAAGGCGACAAUGGGUUUUGAAACACCUGAAGAAGGUUACUUAGCGAAAAUUCUAAUCCCCGAAGGCACAAAGGGUGUUCCUGUUGGAAAGCUUCUAUGUAUUAUUGUGGAGAAUCAAGCUGAUGUUGCCGCAUUCAAAGAUUUCAAAGAUGAUUCAACAGGAGCGCCUGCAAAACCAGCACCAGCUGAAGCUGCGGCUGCGCCCCCGCCCGCGCCAGCAGCGGCGGCUCCUGCGCCCGCGGCCCCCAGACCCGCAGCCCCCGCCGCACCCGCCGCUCCCGCAGCACCCGCACCUACCGCCGCCGCUCCCGAAGGCAGAGUAUACGCCAGCCCCUUAGCCCGCAGACUAGCUGAACUCAGGAACAUACGACUUGGAGGCCAGGGUUCUGGACUGUACGGGUCACUAAAGAGUGGUGACCUCGCAGGCGCCGCGCCGCUCGCCGCCGCCGGCGCAGUCGCCGCCCCUGCCUUCGCCCCCGCCGCCGCCCCCGCCCCCGGUGCCAGCUUCCUCGACAUCCCCCUGUCGGGGAUGAGGGAGACCAUCGCCAAGAGACUGUCAGCCGCUAAACAGACCAUACCUCACUACCAGCUCAGUGCCACUGUCAAUAUUGAAAAGACCCUGCAAAUGAGGAAGGAUGUCAAUGACAGGUUGGCGAAAGAAGAACCUGGUCUUAAGAUUUCAGUGAACGACUUUAUAGUAAAAGCUGUGGCGUCCGCCUGCAAGCGCGUGCCCACCGCUAACUCACACUGGAUGGAAUCCUUCAUUAGACAAUUCUCCAACGUAGACGUGAGUGUAGCGGUGGCGACGCCUACGGGGUUGAUAACUCCUAUAGUGUUUAACGCGGAUUCUCGCGGUGUCGUUGACAUCUCCAAGACCGUGAAGGAACUGGCGCAGAAGGCGAAGGAUGGCAAACUGCAGCCCCAGGAGUACCAGGGUGGUACUGUUACUGUCUCCAAUCUAGGAAUGUAUGGUAUAACAAUGUUCAACGCCAUCAUCAACCCGCCGCAGUCGUUGAUAUUGGCCUGCGGAGGUCUACAGGAACUAGUCAUCCCUGAUAAAAAUGAACCUCAAGGGUUCCGUGUGGCAAAGUUCGUGACGUUCACGGCAUCUGCCGACCACCGAGUGAUAGACGGCGCGGUGGGCGCGCAGUGGAUGAAGGCGCUCAAAGACAACCUCGAAGACCCCGCUAAUAUGAUACUUUGAAAAUAAUCUAUACAACAGCUGAUUGGAUAAGAAACACGGUAUUUAAAGAAUCCCUAAUUAGUGACUUUAAUGUGCAUUUUUCCAAAUAAAAUGUAGUUUUUAAAUGACUGUAUAUAUUUUUAUCUGUGGUACUUAUUUGUGGGUUUGACUACAAGCUUUUUAGCCUUUCUUAUCCAAUUAGCUGAAUUUGUAUGAAAUCAUGUCCUUCGAUUUUUUGCUAUUGUUACCGUUAUUUUUUGACGUUUACUUUAUAAAAAAAUAUAUGAAAGUAUUUUACGGUUAUUUAUGAUUAUUAAAAACUUUGUUUUUUUCGAAGGAUGUGUAGAUAGUAAAGUCGAGGGUGUUUAAUUUAUCAUUGUUAAUUUAUUAGAUAUCAUGCAGUGACUUAAUUCCAGUUCAUUUGAACUUGUCGAAAUAUUUUAGAUAGUUGAAUAAAUGUAUGUAUCUCGGGAUAUUUAUUAAUUAUUAUAAUUAACAACGAAUAAAAAAAAUAAAGUAUCAAGAAAUAUAUCUAUUUGCGAUAUCAGUUUUUAAAUAUUCUUUUGCCUUAAAAACCCCUACUAAAUUUAACUUUGGAGUAGAAAUCUAUUAUAUUUUGCCAUUUGAGAUCUUAUAACGACGAUAACCGAGUUAGCCGUUUGUACACAAGGCACCUUGUAUAAGGGGCCUUAGAGUUAGGAUCGAAAUGCUUUCGAGUUUUAAGAACACAGUAGUAGUUUCCAGUGACGACUUGUUUCCUAAUGUUUUAGGCCAUUCGUGUUUUUUCGUACAUAAAGUCGGCGGGAACUCACAGAUUUGACGAUAACUCGACGAUUUUUAGAAAAAAAUAUUUAGCACUAUGAUUUAAUGAAAUGUAUUUAGAGGAUUUAGAUUCGCACUUUUGCCCGCGAUUUUGAGAUCAUUUAUUUUAAACAGUUCAUUAUUUAUUUCCUUUAGUAUAGAAGUUGAAAAUACGCGCCAUAUGUCAAUGUAAAUAAAUCAAAAUGGCGUCCAAGCCGUGGAUCAUCUGAUUAUGGUUAUGUAUUACCGCGAAGCUGUAAUAAGAUUAAAUGGAUGUUAGUAAAAUAAAUUUAUUAAUUAAAAUUG